GCAAGCGGGUGCUGACCUUCUGCGCAGGCGCGGCCUGGGGUCCACGCGCGGCGUUAUGUCUGCCCCGCACGUCUCGCGUGUCCGGGCCUUGUAUCGGCGCAUUUUGCUGCUGCACCGGGUUCUGCCCCCAGACCUCAAAGACCUUGGCGACCAGUACGUGAAGGACGAAUUUAGGAGACACAAGACCGCCGGUUCUAAAGAGGCCGAGCGAUUCCUGCAGGAAUGGGAGGCAUAUGCAGCAGUGCUGUGGCAACAAGCUAAUGAAAGCAAACAAAAUUCAACUGAAAAACCAUGUUUUGGAAUCUCCCUACCAGAAGAAAAACUUAAUGACUUUCGUGAUGAACAGAUCGGACAAUUGCAGGAACUGAUGGAAGAAGCCACGAAACCCAACAGGCAAUUUAAUAUUACUGAGUCUAGGAAACCAAAGUUUUAGUCUAUAUAAUAAAGUUUUAAAAAGCAUUUCAAGUUCAGAGCCUUUUAACUAAUUGGGUUUUAAAAUUUGUUUCUUAAGCUUUUAGGUUUUGAGAAUGCCUGGUGUUAAUGAACUGUUCUUUUAUUUGGGGAUAU